GGCCCCGCGAGGUGCCCUGGCCGCUCCUCCGCCUCCAGCUGCCCAUCUCUCGGCCGUGCGAGCGUCCGGCGGGCCAUGGCGAGCUCGGGCUGCACCGGCCUGCGCGGGCGGGAGGAGGACGAGAGCUUCCUGUAUUUUGCCUACGGCAGCAACCUGCUGACGGAGCGAAUCCACCUCCGAAACCCCUCGGCCGAGUUCUGCUGCGUGGCCCGGCUGCAGGAUUAUAAGCUUGACUUUGGCAAUUCUCAAGGCAAAACAAGCGAAACUUGGCAUGGAGGUAUAGCCACCAUUUUUCAAAGUCCUGGCGAUGAAGUUUGGGGAGUAGUGUGGAAAUUGAACAAAAGCAAUUUAAGUUCUCUGGAUGAGCAAGAAGGUGUUAAAAGUGGAACCUAUGUUGUAAUAAAAGUGACUGUUCACACCCAAGAAGGAAAAGAAAUAACCUGUCGAAGUUAUCAGAUGAGGAAUUACGAGAGUGCUCCCCCAUCACCGCAGUAUAAACAGGUCAUUUGCCUGGGUGCAAAAGAGAAUGGUUUGCCACUGGAGUAUCAAAAGAAGUUAAAUGCAAUAGAACCAAAUAACUAUCAAGGAAAGGUCUCAGAUGAAAUUGAAGGCAUUAUAAGAAAGGAGGAAACAAGAACUCAUUAGAACAUACUAAAAUAUGUCUAAGGGUGUUUUUCCUGUGUGCUAAUCGAAAGCAUUUUUAAUGUUUUUAAAACAAAUCAGAUAUUUCUGUGUUUACUGUAUUUUCAAUAACGGACUGGAGAAAUGUCUCACUUGGGUAAUUUCUUGUUUCAGACUAUACAAAGAAAUAAGGUUAGGAGUUAGACGAUUGAGGGGCAGAAGGCAUCAGUGGGGAUGGUGAAUGGAUGUGGGUGCUCCUUCUUUGAACACUACUCAAGAACAUUCUUGCACUGUGGUGGACAGAUUUGUAGUUUUACUGAUGGUGCUGGUGGGUCGCUCUGCUAUGGACUGUUUUAUGACCAGCAGAAGUGUAAGCAAACUAGACAGUUGACCAGAAAAACUGAAAUUAAAAAGAUGGCAUUUGUUCUAAUGAGAACAAAUGCAUUUGUGACUUAAUCUGAAUCCUGCCUAAGUGUUACUUUUCAUUUAGGGAGCUGGACUAAAGCAGUCACAUGGACUGGGUCUUUUCUGGCUGUAUCUAGUCCAGUCCAGAGAAGUGCUCCGUGAGUUUUGACUACUCAUGACUCCUCCUCACCCGAGAAAUGCAACACGGAUGGCCACCCCCAGAAACACAAUAGAUUGAUCAUGGUUGGUUGUUGCAUAUUCAGAAACCUUUCACUAUUGCCUCCCAAAUUUUUGUGACUCUGAUGAUCAGUUGCAUGACAUAAUAUGGGGUCAUAAUCCAAUCUUUUGUGAAGCUUGGGAGUAGAGGAUUAUUGCAGACUCAAAACAGGUAGUCUCGGAACAAACAUCAAUUUCUCUACUUUCUAAUGGAGAGAUACUUGGGUAUGGCUCUGUGCCUCAUUUUUUUGGUUUGUUUGUUUUAGGGUUUUUUGUCUGUAGAAGAAGAGUGAAAAAUACCUAUUAGAAUUAUUCUGAGGAGUACAUAUGAGCGACUGAAUUUAGAACAGUUGUUAGCCAUCAUUAUUGUUCUUCCUGAAGAAUUCAGUUUGUGCAAGGCCAUCAUUGUAAAGGGAGUUGGAAGCAGAAGAGUCGACAUUAUGAGGAGGAAAUGUUUUCUGAAAACUUUCAUUGGAUUCAGGGCUUAUCAAGAAAUGGUCAUCUUAAAUGUAUUUACUGAAUGAAUAGAGGAGAAGAGUCAUUAAUAAAACAAUGC